AUGUCUCUAAAAGCCGUCAUUUUUGGGCCCCAGGCUUCUGAGGGUCUUGGCAACCCAGCUUUGGGUGAGAUCAGAUCAGCGAUGCGAGAACUUAGUCAUCUUCAGCCGCUCAUGGAAGCCGUCCGGAAUCUACCAACUUUAUUCAAAUCUUUGGUCAACCAUAAUCCGUCCCUUGAGCAGACCCCUGGUGGGUGGAGUGCCAUCCAAAUGGUUCGUUGGAUGAACCAGGAGUUCGACGACAUCAGUGCCCACACCAAGUGCUCCUGGAAUUCUAUCGCAGCCCCAAUAUCAGUUCUUGUCAACAUCGUCCAGUAUAGUCAAUAUCUACAUAACAGCGGCACUGCUCAUGGACAGGUUCUUGAUCAGAUCAAAGAGGGCGGGUGUCAAGGGUUCUGUCUUGGGCUGCUAUCAGCUGCCGCAACAGCAAUAUCCACGGACGAAAAGGCUCUUGCAUUGAAUGGCGCUGCCGCCAUCCAGCUUGCUUUUUGUAUGGGAGUGUACGCAGAUUUCGAUCAGAUCUCGCUUAAGUCCGGAAGUACAACAGCUUUUGUUCUCCGACGACAAGGCGGGUCGGAGCUCGACAUGAGCCGUGUAAGAUCGAUGCUGUCUGAAAUCGACGUAAGUUUACCUCAUAUUAUCCGACUUGUCCUGCAAAGUGUUAAUCUUCGCAAACAGACCAAGCCGUAUAUUGCGACUAGAAUUGAUCGCGAAAGCUGCACUGUUGUUAUGCCAAAUGCUUCGGCAGCACAAAUCCAGAGAUACAUCCCACCAGAUAUGUAUACUUUGCGACCUUUGAACCUCCAAGCUCGAUAUCAUUCGCAAGCCAUGAGCCAAAGACGCGAUUGCCUUCUGCGCUUCUAUAAUAAAGAACAAGCCCUAAGAUUUCCUGGGUCAACGCAAUUACUGGCUCCUGUGUAUUCCAACUCCGACGGCUCGGUUCUCGGAGAUCAGCCAAUACACGAGCUUAUACUGGGGUGCAUCAUGACGAAGAUGGCUGACUGGCACUUGGUUGUUUCUAAAAUGGCGAAGAAACUAAGUGUCUUACCAGAACCAAGCAAAGUGCUCGAACUAGGCAUUGUACGAUCUCUGGCGAGCUCUCGACUGCCGGGCCUCACUGCAAUCAGGCCAUCUUUUGGUCUUUCGACACAUUCUGGCUCUACAUCAAGUCAGCCAACUACAAGAACAUUUCCAGACAUCGCGGUUGCUAUCGUUGGUAUGGGAUGUAGAUUCCCCGGCGCGGAGUCUUUGGAAGAUCUCUGGGGCAUCAUCAACUCUGGGCAGUCAUUAUGCCAAGAAAUUCCAAUGGAGAGAUUCGAUACAAAUGAUCUUAGAAGAACGCCGAAGGUCAAACGGUUUUUCGCAAAUCUCAUCGAUGAUGUCGAGAGUUUUGAUCAUCGCAUGUUCCAAAAAACAAGUCGUGAGGCGGCUUCGAUGGAUCCUCAACAACGACUCCUUCUCCAAGUCGCUUACCAUACUCUCGAGUCUGCAAACUACUUUAACGGCCCCAUGCCGCUCAAUAAAGAUAUUGGGUGUUAUAUCGGAGUCUGCGCCAACGACUACGCCGAUAACGUAGCGUCUCAUCCUCCUAACGCUUUCUCAACCCUUGGGACACUCAGAGCUUUCCUUGCUGGGAGAAUUAGUCACUACUUUGGUUGGACUGGAGAGUCCUCAACCAUCGACACCGCUUGUUCAUCAUCAGCUGUUGCGAUCAACAAAGCGUGCACCGACAUCAUCGCUGGGAAAUGCAAAGCUGCAUUGGCCGGGGGUGCGAACAUCUUUACAAGCCCUAACUAUUUCCAAAACCUUCAUGCCGGAAAGUUUCUCAGUCCCACUGGGCAAUGCAAAUCAUUCGAUGCAAGCGCUGAUGGCUAUUGUCGAGGAGAAGGCGUGGGUUUGGUCAUGCUAAAGAAGUUGUCAGAGGCACAAGCGGCUGGAGACGAGAUUCUGGCCGUGAUUCCAGGCUCCGCUGUGAGGCAAAAUAGCAACGAGACGUACAUCACCGUACCACACGGACCCUCCCAGUCGGAUCUCUACGAGGAGGUACUGAAAUAUUCAAAGAUGGCACCCGAAGACGUCACCUACGUCGAGGCUCAUGGGACCGGUACACCUGUUGGUGAUCCAAUUGAGUUUGAGAGCAUUCGUCGUGUAUUUGGAGGUCAACAACUUCAGCGGAACCGCCAGAACCUCCUCCAUGUCGGCUCCAUCAAAGCCAAUAUCGGUCAUACUGAAAGUGCAUCUGGUGUUGCCGCUGUUAUCAAGGCUGUGUUGAUGAUACACCACAAGCGCAUUCCACCUCAAGCCAAUUUCGUUUCGUUAAAUCCUCAGAUCAAGCUCUCAGAGUCUGACGGAAUGGCAAUCACCAAGACUGGCAUGGAAUGGAAGUCGUCAGGUCCUCUCACUGUAUGUGUCAACAACUAUGGAGCUUCGGGAAGCAAUGCAGCUCUCAUCGUUACGGAGCCGCCCCCUCGGUCUACAAGAAUAGUCCAUUCGAGUGGUGAAGCUGUUUCACAAGCAGUUUCUUUCCCAUUCAGAAUGACGGCUUUCAGCCAGGACUCUUUAGCAGCUAAUAUUUCCGCCCUCCGGAAGUACAUAGAUGAAAAAUCGGAUCAUGCCCUCCUCGCAGACAUCGCAUACAAUCUGGCGUCGAAACAAAACCUAUCACUGCCCUUUGCAACUCUCUUCACGGCAACGAGUGUACAGCAGCUCAGAGAAACUCUUCACACACAUGACUCGUCAAAUGUGUUACGUUUACCGCUUCCAGAAAAGGCCAGACCCAUAAUCAUGGCAUUUGGUGGUCAGACGUCAAAGUCUGUCGCUCUCGAUGAAAGUCUCUACCGCUCUUGUGGCCUUCUUCGAUUCCAUCUCGACCAGUGCCAAAGAGAACUAAAACAACUCGGCUUCCCGGGUAUCUUUCCUCAAAUCUUCCAGGCUGAGCCGAUUGAAGACCCCGUGAUUCUGCAUUCGGCCCUUUUCAGUCUUCAAUACUCAUUCGCAAAGUCCUGGAUUGACUCAGGAAUCACCAUCGCUAGGGUGGUUGGUCAUAGUUUUGGCGAGCUAACCGCCAUGUGUGUGUCUGGGAUUUUGUCACUAUCUGAUGGUUUGAAUCUUGCAGCAGGAAGAGCCCGUUUGAUGAGCGAGAAAUGGGGCCCAGAGACGGGAUCUAUGCUCAUGGUUGAGGCUGAUACGGAGAUCUUAUCCGAGGUCUUUUCUGCGCUGAAUGUCGAAGUGGCCUGUCGCAACGCUCCGCAACUGACGGUCAUUUCAGGCUCGUUAUCCGAGAUUGAACAAGCACAAAACCUGAUCAAGCAAAACCCAAAGUUGAGCCAUUGCAAGACUCGGAUACUCAACGUGCCAUAUGCUUUUCAUUCGAGGUUUACGGAGCCAAUUCUGGAUGAUCUCGAAUCCCUGGCUGCUAGUCUGACUUUCCGUGAGCCGACUAUCCCCUUUGAGACAUGCCUUGACGAGGCGACACAGGAUCUCCCCUGGGCCCAACGUAUCAGAGAACAUACACGUCGACCGGUCUUUUUUACCCAGGCUGUUCAAAGACUGCACGGUAAACUCAACGGCUGCUUUUGGCUGGAGGCUGGCGCAAACUCUGGCAUUACUACAAUGGCUAGGCGAGCACUAGGCGAGAAAGCAUCGGAACACAGCUUUAGCGGCCUUAGCUCACGCGAAGGGGCAGCGCUAAGAGAUUCCCUCGCUCAAGCUACUCUUGACCUGUGGGCAGAUUCACACUCAGUUACAUUCUGGGAGUUUCAUCCUAGCCAGAAGGGGAGCUACUCAUGCCUUCCACUGCUACCACCGUAUCAAUUUGAACGAUCUCGUCACUGGCUUGAGUGGACCGACUCGGGAGUCGGCCAGGAAACGCAGUCUUCUAACUUGGAUACGUCAAGCAGUGAAAACUCUCGUCGUCUAUUGACUCUGAAGACACAAACCGAAAAGUCUCUCGAGUUCAUUGUUGACCCCGAGCAUGAGACGUGGAAGCGUCUAGUCCAGGGUCACGCAGUGGUUGGACAGCCUUUGUGCCCGGCUCCAAUGUUCAUGGAACUGGCAUCUGAAGCAGCUCUCAAAGCCCUGGGGUACGACGUAAAGCCCGAGACGCUCUCAGUUACCUGGAGAAAUCUUCAAAUGGACGAAGCACUUGGAGCAAGUACCGAUUGCCUGAUCCAUCUCUUCUUGCAACAGAUUGAGAGUUCACGGUCAUGGAGCUUCAGUUUUGUGUCUUGGCCUCGCAAGGAUCCAGGCGCAAAGCCGGUAAAGCAUGCGUCUGGCGAGGUUAGGCUUCUGGCUGCUGAGGAUGCUAAGGAGACCCCUCGAUUCGCUCACUACGAAACAGCGCUCCGACAUACAAUUCCACAGAUCCAGACAGCGGACGCUUCUGAGACUGUAGGACUCAGAGGACCACUCGUAUACUCAGUCUUCUCACGCGUUGUCACGUAUGACAAUGAUUACAAAGGUAUCUGGGAUGUCGUCGCAAAGGGUAGUGAAGCAAUCGGUCGCGUUCGACUCUCAUCAGACUCCCAGGUUCAAGGCUUCGAGAAUAUGAUCACCAACCCUCUAGCUAUGGACAAUUUUGUCCAGGUGUCUGGCAUUCAUGUCAACUCUCUCAGCGGCAUGUGUUCCGACAACGAGGUGUUUGUGUGCACAAGAAUUGGAAAGGUUGAGAUUGGCCCCGAGUUUUCUACCGCUUCAAACAGGCGGUGGACCGUCCUUUCUAUGUAUCGUGAUUGCGACGGGAAGAAUAUUGAUAACGAUAUAUAUGUCUAUGAUGAUGCCACCGAAAGAAUCGUUGUUACUAUCCACGGAGCUCGAUUCUCUCGGGUGCUUAUCAAGUCUCUUAAUCGAGCAUUAGCUUCGAGAAACGGAGAAGUUCGGAGCAACACCAACCAAAAGCCACCUACUCCUGAGCCAGCAAGCCCAAGGAUCAAGCCGCAACAUCAGUCUUUCAGUGCUGCAAAACCCCCUCAAGCGCCCAAUGUUGACUCUGUCCGCGAAGAUGAGGUCUUUGCUUUACUCGCUAGAGUGGCAGAAAUAGAUCUGAGUGCCUUGAGCAACGACGCAUCGCUGGCAGACUUGGGAAUUGACUCUCUCUUGUCAACUGAAGUGCUUACUGAAGUGAACGAAAAGUUCUCGAUCGAGUUGUCUGACACCGAGUACCAAAAUAUGGUGUUUGUCCGCGACUUGGUGCAAGGAAUACGUCGCCAUCGACCAUCAAAGGACAUCAGCGGAACGCUGCCUAGCCCGCCAUUGAGUGACUCCGGUUCAUGCAGCGAGCCCGAUGACCAGAAAAGCACGAGUGCAUCGACGCCGACGAGUGUUUCGGGUGACGCAGCCGCCGGGCUCUGCAUAACGAGCAAUCCUCACGCUCAUCACGGAAAGACUGCGAUUCAACUGCAUGACGCAUACGAGACGUUCCAACAUGUUAAGGCUGCCUCGGACGAAUACACAAACUCGUAUGGCGCUCCCGGAUUCUGGGGUGAGGUGUACCCCUAUCAGGCUGCGCUGGUCGUUCAAUAUGUUGUGGAAGCUUUUCCACAGCUUGGUUGCGAUUUGUCAACUUUCAAAGAAGGCGAUGAGCUUCCCCCGAUUGAGUACUCUCAAAAGAAUGCCUUGCUUGCAUUGCAGCUCUUUGAAAUCCUGGCAGACGCGUCACUGAUCCGUCGCCGUGGAAAAACAUGGGUUCGAACCAAUAAGCCACUUCCGUCGAAGCCUUCAUCAGAGCAGCUGCAGCAGAUUCUCAAGCUGUUUCCCCGUCACGCAUCUGAACAUAAGCUGCUCGAUGUUACUGCAAAGCCGUUGGCUGAUUGCAUGACUGGAGCGGCAGACCCCUUGACCCUAGUUUUCCGGAACAAGGAGAAUGCCACUCUGCUUGAGGAUGUGUAUACAAAUGCGCCGUUUUACCUAGCAGCUGGCAAGCAACUCUGUUCUUUUGUAGAAGGUACUUUGUCAAAAACGGCGGCCAAGGCCAGCGGGGAACCGAUUCAGAUCCUUGAAAUUGGUGGCGGAACUGCUUCGACUACCAAGCAUGUACUCCGAACGCUGUGCGAUGCAGGAAUCCCAUUCGUCUACACCUUUACGGACGUGGCUGCGGCCCUCGUUGGGAGGGCUAAGCAAAAACUACCUGGGUUCUUGAGCUCGGCUUCAGGAAAGCUAGAAUUCCGAACCUUGAAUGUCACCAAAGAGCCAGCGCCUGAACUAUUGAACAAAUUCCAUCUCGUUAUUUCCACGAAUUGCGUUCAUGCCACCGCUGAUCUUACAACAUCACUUACAAACAUUAAAAAGAUGCUCGUGGCUGACGGAAUGGUGUCGCUUGUUGAAUUUACAAAGAACUUAUUUUGGUUCGAUCUCGUGUUUGGACUCAUGGAUGGGUGGUGGUCAAUGACAGACGGUAGGGAACACGUCCUUGCGGAUGAGUAUUUCUGGCAAAAGAGCUUCCAAAAUGCCGGCUUUGAGCAUGUUGAUUGGACUGGAGGUGAUCAGGCAGAGUCUAAUAUGCUCCGCAUCAUCACCGGAUUUAAGACUUGUUCUAAGCCCAAGCCUGUUGUCUCGGGGAAGAGAUUUGAGGUGGAAACCAUCAUGUUUAAGCAGACAGGCGAGAACCGGCUGUUCGCAGAUGUCUAUCUCCCGCCAGCAAAUCACUCAACAUCGAAGGUUUGGUCCGUCGCUCUUUUAUUCCAUGGAGGGGGUUAUAUCACCUUAUCACGACGUGACAUCAACCUGAAGUAUAUCCAGCAACUGCACGAUGACGGCAUAUUGCCCAUCUCAGUCGAUUACAGACUUUGCCCUGAGUCGAACAUCCUUGAAGGUGCAAUGGCUGACGCCUGUUCUGCUUUGGAAUGGGCUCGACAAGAACUGCCAUCCAUCAAACUUGGACGGCCUGACCUCAAAAUUGGACCAAAAGUGUUUGCAAUUGGCUGGUCCAGCGGUGGCCAUCUGGCAAUGACACUCGCCUGGACUGCUCUUGAGCAAAGGCUGUUUCCACCGCAGGCAAUUCUUGCAUUUUAUUGCCCGUCCUUCCUUGAAAGUGAAUCAUGGACCAAGCCGAACUUCCCCUCUGAUACUCAUGGCCUUGCGAACGAACCAUAUGAUCUGUUCGAGGGUGUGCAAAAUUACCCAAUAACAGAAUAUCGGGCUAAGAAGAGUAAUCAACCCGUCAUGCCCGGGAAAUGGCUGGCCCCAAAUGACCCUCGUUCGAGGAUUAUAUUACACGGAAACUGGAAAGGACAACUACUUCCCUUGUGGCUUAACGGGGUGCCAAAGUCUCAAGGGAUUUCACAAUCGAAGAAAGACUACGAGGCAAUGGAAAUCCCAUCGCCAGAACGGGUUGCAUCCAUCAGCCCACAUGCUCAAGUUCUAAAGGGAACGUAUCGAACGCCCACAUUCAUGAUACAUGGUACAGAAGACGACUUGAUUCCCUUCCAGCAGACCCAAGCGAUGAGUGAAUUGUUGGUUCGCAAUGGGAUUGAAUCAGAGCUCGCACUUGUUGAAAACGGCCAGCACUUGUUAGAUCUCCAGGAUGACCCGGAGAAAAAGAUUGAAAAAGAAAUUGGAAAGGGUUUUGCCUUCUUGAGAAGGUUUCUUUAG